AUGCAGAAGGAUCCGUUACAGCCCGAUUUGGCUGUUUCCAUACGUCAUCCAGAGGCUGUCAGGAAAGCUAAUCCAGCAAAAGUGAAGGGUGAUUCCGGCAUCUGUUUUAAGCGUUUGAGGAAGAUGAAGCAGCGGGUGGUAAGCGAUGAUGAGGAGGAUCAUCAGGGGUUGCUGGAGAUGCAGGAGAGUGAAGAGGAUAUUGGUGGUGGGGAGUUGGACGAAGACAAUAGCAGGCAAAGGAAUACGUGUGGUAUUCACCCAGGAGACCCAGGAGACUACUUGUGGAACCGACGAAGCAGGGAUGAAAGGCUGGAUGAAGGAGGUAGUGCGGAUGCAGCAACCACGAAGCAGCAGAGUAGGGAAUCGGUAGAGCAAGUGCGUGGAGAGGCAAGGACGGCUGUGGCGGAAUUGGGGGCAGUGAAGAGGUCAGCGUCGUUUAAGAGAGAGCUCGCGAAUGAGAAGCUGGGGGAUGGCGUGGGGUCCCGGUAUACCAUCAAGCUGAGAUCCGUGCGAGCAAAUUUCAAGAGUGGGAACUGCCUCUCGCGGCGCUUCGUCCUGGGUGAGCUCUCGCCAGCAGAUGUGCUCUCCAUGUCACCAGAGGAGCUCAAGGACGGUCUGACGAGGCGGGAAAAGGCACUGAUCGCUCCUCCUGUUGCCAGGCCCGGUCGCAGCGAGUGCUUGCAGUGGGUGGGGAUACGGUGCUCCCAGUGCAACUUGCGGGGGGACCGGCAGGUGAAGAUUCUGGAUAUCCUCAACAGCCCCAAGGGGCAGCAGUACAAGUUGGAGUGUGCAACGUGUGGUCACGAGUGGUUCCUGUCUGCUGAUGCGGUUCUUGCUGCUUCCUCUCCUGCAAAACCCGCUUCUCGUGUCUCGGGCGCCGCUCCUCCUGGUGUGACUCAUAACACUACAACAGCUGCUGAUGCUGCUGCUGCUGCUGGUGGUGCUGCUGCUGCACCAGCCCCUCGUGGUCCCUCUCGUCUUGGUCUGAUCGUGGUCCCUCUCGUCUUGGUGUAA